UUUGCCGUGCCUUUGUGCUUAUUAUGUGCAUGCAUGCGUUGGGAUUAAACUCUUGUCUUCUUAGUUUCCCUUUGAAGGAUUUCCCAGUUUUUUUUUUGCUUCUGACUGGUUGCUGGGCAUUUGAUUUUUCUUUUCUUCAUUUUCCAUAUGUAUGAAAGGUAUCUUUGUCUUUGUUAGUUCUCCUCUUUUGGCAGAGAUUUUAGAUCUUUCACUCCAGUAAAAUCUAUCUCUUUCUUGUUCCUAUACAAGUCAGAUAUACCAACUAAGAAGUUUGAUCAUCUUGUUUUAUCUGCUUAACUUCAUCUGGGUUUGGGAAUAAGAUCCAACACUUUGAAUUCAUUGAAGGCUUAUGAGCUGUUAUCUACUACAUUGUUCUAGGACGGCCUGAGAAACGAUGCCAAAUCAGCUAUGGUUUGCACUGCCAGUGAUUUGGAAGGGUGGAAAGAUUUCCCAAAGGGCCUUAGAGUUCUUCUCCUUGAUGAAGACACAAGUUCUUCUGCCGAGAUAAGAUCAAAGCUUGAGGCCAUGGAUUAUAUUGUUACUACAUUCUGCAAUGAAACCGAAGCAUUGUCAGCAUUUUCAAGCAACCCUGAAAGUUUCCAUGUUUCAAUUGUUGAGGUAAAUACAAGCAAAGGUGAUUGGGGUUUCCAAUUUCUUGAAAAUGCCAAGGACUUACCGAUCAUUAUGACUUCAAACAUUCAUUGCCUGAACACCAUGAUGAAGUGUAUAGCGCUUGGUGCAGUUGAGUUUCUGCGGAAACCUCUUUGUGAGGACAAACUUCGGAAUAUUUGGCAGCAUGUUGUUCAUAAGGCAUUCAAUGCAGGAGGGAAAACCGUCUCUGAAUUAGUCAGGCCUGUCAAAGAAUCUGUAGUACCCAUGUUGCAGCCCAAACUGGAAAAUGAACCACCGAAAUGCAAAAUCUCAGUAGUAACAGAAAACGCUUCAAGGGUUCUUGAACAUGACCAUGAACAAUCCACCGGAAGUGAUAAGUACCCAGCUCCUUCAACGCCACAGAUAAAACAGGGAUCUCGUUUACUGGAUGAUGGGGAUUGCCAAGAUCAAACUAACUGCUUAUCAGAGAAAGAGAGUGGGGAGCACGAUGGUGAAUCUAAAUCUGUCGAAACUACAUGUGGCAAUGCUAACGAUACUCUUCAAAUAAGUGAACCUCAGAUGCCUGAGAAGAUAGUGGUCAAACAGGAAAAGGACCCUGCUGAUGUUUCUAAGAGUGAUAUUAAUUUGUCUCAGCCUCAUAUUAGAGAUGGUACCAAUGAUACUGGUCGUGCUAUUGAAAAUCUGAGUAAAGCAUCAGGUCUCAAUCAUUCAUACAAAUCUGGUAGGAAGAAGAUGAAGGUAGACUGGACACCAGAACUGCACAAGAAAUUUGUCCAUGCGGUGGAACAAUUGGGUGUAGAUCAAGCCAUUCCUUCUCGAAUACUAGAGCUUAUGAAAACUGAAGGUUUGACAAGGCAUAACGUAGCAAGCCAUCUCCAGAAGUAUCGGAUGCACAAGAGACACAUCUUGCCCAAGGAUGAAGACCGCAGACUGUUACAUCCUAGAGAUCCAAAUCAAAUGAGUUAUUAUCCUCAUAAACCCAUCAUGGCUUUUCCCCCAUAUCAUUAUAACAGUGCUGUAUCAAUGCCACCGGUCUAUCCUAUGUGGGGCCAACCUGCCAGCCACCCGGCUAAUAUCCAGAUGUGGGGAUCACCUAGCUAUCCUCCAUGGCAGGUGUCAGAAAGUUGGCAUUGGAAGCCUUCUUAUCCAGGGUUGCAUGCUGAUGCUUGGGGUUGCCCUGUAAUGCCUCAACCUCUGCAAGGUGGUUAUUCCUCUUAUCCUCAAAUUGCAUCAGGGGUUCACAAUACAAAUGUAGUAGACAAUGGCUGCAGCAUGCCACAUUACUCUUCGAAACAUCAUCCGAUUGCAUCAGGGUUGAACAACACAAAUGUAGUAGAUAAUGGCUGCAGCAUGCCACAUGAUUCUUCUGAACUUUAUCCGGCAGAGGAAAUCAUUGACAAAGUUGUGAAGGAGGCAAUGAGCAAGCCAUGGCUACCCCUUCCUUUAGGCCUUAAGCUUCCUUCCACUGAAGGUGUACUAGCUGAACUCUCAAGGCAAGGCAUCUGCAACAUCCCUCCUCGGAUGAACGGCUCUACCUCCCGUUGACGUGAACCGGCUGCCCUUACGGUCCCCCCGAUUCACAAGCUAGGUGGUCCACGGUGAAUUAACAUGAUGAGGACGUACGCAUCCCAAUUACCACGUCAUGUGAUUAGCUAAUGUGGUAAGAAGAAAUACGAUGUCUUUAGGAUUUUUAGAUUUAACAUGUGUCCAACACUUGAUUGAUGAGGACCAAACUAGCUAUUGUGGUCUCAGAGCUACCUGAGCUGUUUGUACAAACAUGCACGAGUCAAGUCAGAUGUAGACACACGGAAAUAAGUGACUUAGAUCCUAUCCCUAUUUGGAAACUAAUGGUCUCCUGAGCAGCAUUAGAAGGCUGAGGUCGGGCCACGUUGGUGGAAUCCUGCCCAUGUAAAAUUUCAAUUCUGAGUGUAAAUAGUGCCAAACACAAAUGAGGGGGGCCUUCCCUUUUUAUCUGAUGUGAUCUGUUCUGUGAGGUCCUUUUUGGUGCUGUUGGGUUGGUGACGUAGGUCAUGCAGUGUUGCUGUCUAAUAAUGGAGGGGAUAGCAGUGUAACACUACUGUUGCUCUGCCCCAUGAGGCACUUGUGAAUUAUUUCAACAGAAAGCUUUACAAGUGGAUGCUGACUUGGGGCUUAUCUUGUUUGUAUCAUUUAAGAAAAAUGGACCAAACUAUGUUUGGUCAAGUUUCACUCACAUUAGAGUUUUGGUGA